AUGCCUAUCCUUUCUGUUAAAGCUCGUCGAAUUUUUGAUUCUCGAGGCAACCCCACUGUGGAAGUAGAUCUAACAACCAACCAUGGUCUUUUUCGAGCUGCUGUUCCCUCGGGCGCUUCGACGGGAGUUCACGAAGCAUUAGAAUUGCGUGAUAAUAAUAAAGCUGAAUAUGUUGGAAAAGACGUUUCUAAAGCCGUCUCAAAUGUUAACAAUAUAAUUGCUGGAAAGCUUAUUGAGGCAAAUCUAGAUGUUAAAGAUCAAAAAGCUGUUGAUGAUUUCCUCUUGAAGUUGGACGGAACAAAGAACAAAUCCAAUCUUGGUGCCAAUGCAAUUCUUGGAGUAUCUUUAGCCGUCGCAAAAGCUGGUGCCGCCGAAAAGGGGGUUCCUCUUUAUAAACACAUCGCAGACCUCUCCGGAAGCAAAGAGCCAUUUGUUCUUCCAGUUCCCGCUUUUAAUGUCAUCAAUGGCGGUUCUCACGCAGGGAAUAAACUUGCAAUGCAAGAAUUUAUGAUUUUACCAACCGGUGCAAAGUCAUUUACUGAAGCAAUGAAAAUCGGCUCUGAAGUUUAUCACACACUCAAGUCUGUAAUCAAAAAAAAAUAUGGGCAAGACGCCGUAAAUGUAGGUGAUGAAGGAGGAUUUGCUCCAAAUAUUCAGGAUAACAAAGAAGGCCUUGAACUACUUAAAGAUGCAAUUGCAAAAGCAGGCUACACCGAAAAAGUAAAAAUUGGCAUGGAUGUUGCUGCUUCUGAAUUUUACAAGGACGGAAAAUACGAUCUUGACUUCAAAAAUCCAAAUUCUGAUCAGUCAAAACGGUUAACAGGACCUCAGUUAGCUGAUUUGUAUGGCGAGUUUAUCAAAGAAUAUCCAAUAGUAUCAAUUGAGGAUCCUUUUGAUCAAGACGACUGGGAAGCGUGGAGUCAUCUCAAUGCCAAAGUCAACAUCCAAAUUGUUGGCGAUGAUUUGACCGUAACUAAUCCUGAAAGAAUUCAAGACGCCAUUCAGAAGAAGGCUUGUAAUGCAUUGUUGUUAAAGGUCAAUCAAAUUGGUACCGUAAGCGAAUCAAUUGAGGCGGCUAAAUUAUCUCAGAGUGAUGGCUGGGGUGUAAUGGUAUCUCAUCGUUCCGGCGAAACGGAAGACACUACAAUUGCUGACUUAGUUGUCGGUCUUCGCACUGGGCAAAUCAAAACCGGUGCACCUUGUAGAUCAGAAAGAUUAGCAAAAUAUAAUCAGUUAUUACGUAUUGAGGAAGAAUUAGGCGACAAGGCAAUUUAUGCGGGUGAAAAUUUCAGACACGCGCAUACUUUAUAA